AUGCAGCUGGGCACGGCCCUGGUGCUCGGGGCGGCCCUGUGCCUGGGGCGUGGCCAGCCCCCACCGGGGGCCCCCGAAGCCCCCUUCUCCGUGCUGUGGAACGUGCCGUCCGCACGCUGUGGGGCCCGCUUUGGCGUGCACCUGCCGCUGGAGGCCCUGGGCAUCGCUGCCAACCGUGGGCAGAGCUUCCACGGGCAGAACAUCACCAUCUUCUACAAGAACCAGCUGGGCCUCUAUCCCUACAUCGGGCCCGGGGGCACAGCUCACAACGGGGGCAUCCCUCAGGCCGUGCCCCUGGACCGCCACCUGGCACGCGCCGCCACCCAGAUCCACCGCAGCCUGAGACCCGGCUUCGCCGGCCUGGCGGUGCUGGACUGGGAGGAGUGGUGCCCGCUCUGGGCUGGGAACUGGGGCCGCCGCCGCGCCUACCAGGCGGCCUCGUGGGCCUGGGCACGGCGGGCACUGCCCCGCCAGGACCCCCGGGAGCAGCUCCGCCAGGCCCGGGCCGCCUUCGAGCAGGCGGCGCGGGCGCUGAUGGAGGGCACCCUGCGGCUGGGCCGGGCGCUGCGGCCCCGGGGCCUCUGGGGCUUCUACCGCUUCCCGGCCUGCGGCAACGGCUGGCACGGCGCGGCUGCCCAUUACACAGGCCGCUGCCACCCAGCCGCCCGGGCCCGCAACUCCCAGCUGCGCUGGCUCUGGGCCGCCUCCAGCGCCCUCUUCCCCAGCAUCUACCUGCCGCCCCGGCUGCCGCCCGCGCACCGCCAGGCGUUCGUGCGGCACCGCCUGGAGGAGGCCUUCCGCGUGGCCCGGUCCGGGCACCCCCACCCCCUGCCGGUGCUGGCGUACGCCCGCCUCACCCGCCGACGCUCCGGACGGUUCCUGUCCCAGGAUGACCUCGUGCGGACCAUCGGCGUGAGCGCGGCGCUGGGGGCAGCCGGCGUGGUGCUCUGGGGCGACCUGAGUCUCUCCAGCUCCGAGGAGAAGUGCUGGCGCCUUCACGACUACCUGGUGGGCACCCUGGGCCCCUACGUGACCAGCGUGGCCAGGGCGGCCGCAGCCUGCAGCCGCCAGCGGUGCCACGGCCACGGGCGCUGUGCCCGGCGACACCCGGGACAGCAGGAAGCCUUCCUGCACCUGCCGCCAGGGGGCGGCGCUGGGGCCUGGGAGCCCUUUAGAUGCCACUGUUACCGGGGAUGGGCCGGCCCCACCUGCCAGGAGCCCAGGCCUACACCAGGGCCUGAGGAAACAUAA